AUGAAGAAACCGGUAAAGAAUAAAACCUGCGGUCACAGCUAUGAAGAGAACGCCAUCCUGGGAAUAAUCACCCACAGGGAGAACCAACACAAGAAAGCCCCAUCUCAGAUCGAGACUGUGGUCAUGUCUCCAGCACUGCAGGUCAAACAGCUGCAAGCACUCGGUGUUCAGCUGGAUGCAGGGGGAAACGAGGCCCUCGAACAAGUCGACGAAGAUCUAGCUGUGACCCAAAGUCAGAUGAAUUUCAUAUGCCCCAUCACACAGGUGGAAAUGAAGAAACCGGUAAAGAAUAAAACCUGCGGUCACAGCUAUGAAGAGAACGCCAUCCUGGGAAUAAUCACCCACAGGGAGAACCAACACAAGAAAGCCCCCUGCCCCCAAAUUGGCUGUAACAAUGUUGAAGUCAAGAGAUCAGACCUGGUGCCAAAUGAAGUCCUUAAGAGAGCAAUUGACCGUCAGAGUCAACACAGCCAGUCUACACGGUAGAGGUCUGCUGGCGCUCCGGUGGCUGUUAGGACAAAGAAGAUGGGGUGCUAGAAGAGGUCGCCGGCGAUAAAUUGCUGAUUGUUCCGAUGGUUGUGUAACAGACUGUUAUUUAAAAUAUUCUCGUUCCAGACAAAGUUGAAGGUCUGACCUGUUAACUCUGAAAACAUUUCCAUUGCUAUUUCGAGACUUCCAGUCCAACUUGCUUUGUUUUGUUUUUAAAAUUCCAUCCUGUAUUUCACAUCUUGCACGUUAUAAAUAAAAGGUGAGGGUUUCCUCC